AUGCGAGUUCAAUGUGCGGUACUCAAACGGUGGUGGCCGGUGUUAUCACUGGCAACCCUGUAUCUUGCCAGCUGUACCGUAAACGCACAAGGAUUCGAGGACGAUGAGUGUAAACUACACACCGGUGCGCAAGGUAUUUGCCGGCGGGCGAGCAACUGUCCCUGGUUGCGGCCUGCCCUACGCGCACACGAAGUCACACACAAGCAGCUGGUCAACUGUGGCUUCGAUCGUGACGAACCGAUCAUCUGCUGCCGUACCGCCACGGGUGCAUCUCCAAUCAAAGCGGAGCGGGUUGGCGUGAGGGCAUCGGUAAAGGCUUGCUCGAUGUACGACGGAAAGCGUUCGCAGCUGUCGUACCAUAUCAUCGGCGGCAGCGAAGCGGACAGUGGCGACAUACCAUUUAUCGGUGCGGUAGGGUACAAGACGGAUACUGACGCGUACAAGUGGGCGUGCGGUAGCAGUCUAAUCACGCCUCUGUUCCUCAUCACGGCAGCGCACUGCAUUGAUACACCGCACGGUAAGCCGGUGGUAGUACGGAUGGGUACGCUCAAUCUGAUGGCUCCGGUUGAUCCGGAGGAAGUACAGGAUCGCCCGAUCAAGAAAAUUAUCGUACACCCUAAGUACAAAGGCAGCCAGAAGUAUGAGGACAUCGCACUGUUAGAGGUAGAGAGCCCGUUUCAGUUCGACGACGUAGUGCAACCAACCUGUCUGUAUGCGGAAGACUCCGAUUUGGAUGAAUCCACCACGCUGUAUGCGGCUGGUUGGGGUGUAACGGAGGACGAGAGCCAUUCGAAUACGCUUCUCAGAACGAACCUCACCACCGUAUCGGUGGAAGAGUGUACUAAGGGAUACAGUAUGUUCAAAUCUCGCGUUAAGGAUGGUAUCCGACCAUCGCAGUACUGUGCCCGGGGUAUACAACUGCACCACCAGGGUCAGAAGAUUCACAGUGACACGUGCGAGGGUGAUUCCGGUGGUCCACUGUACUACGAGACGGGUGGUGAUGUCGCAUCGAAGUACUACCUGGUUGGGGUUACCUCGUUCGGAGCUGGCUGUGGAUCAUCUAAUCCGUCCGUGUAUACACGCAUCUCGUACUACCUUGACUGGAUCGAAUCGCACGUGUGGCCGUCAAACGCUUGGAGAUUUGCCACGAGUCGACGAGAAUCUGGUGUGCUGCUGGGUCACAGGUGCGCGCCUGGAAUGCGACAAAUAGCGGGAACCUUCCUGCUGCUGGCAGCCGUCACUAGCGGCGCCUUAUGUCAGGUGCUUUACGAGGGAGAUGCAUGCGAACUGCGCGAUGGAACUGCUGGCAUCUGUACGGAUGCGACUGCCUGUCCCUGGUUUCUGGAGGAGAUCGUGAAGAAACGCCGCUUUGCGGACCGUGUCUCGUGCGGGUUCGAUGGGCUGGUGGAGGUGAUCUGUUGCAAAACGAACGGUACGGUUGGUGCACGCCCGUUGGGCGUACGGUCCCGGCUUGCCUGUGAGCAGGUGCCGAAGUACUCCUCACGCCUUACGUUCCACAUCAUCGAUGGCGAGGAGGCAAGCGAAGGGGAGUUCCCGUUCAUGGCGGCACUCGGCUACCCAACGGAUGAUGAAGCCCAGAACGUAAGCUACCGGUGUGGAGCGAGCCUCAUAUCGACCGAUUUCCUGCUCACCGCUGCCCACUGUAUCCCGACGAACGAUCGGCCAACGGUGGCGAUUCUCGGCACCAACAAUCUUGCCCCCGGUAAUCACGGUGUUGUGGUGGGAAUAAAGGCAUUCUUUCCGCAUCCGGAGUAUAGGACGAACCGGAACUAUCACGACAUCGCGCUUAUACAGCUUGAGCGAAGGAUUGAAAAUGAACCGGACGUGAAUCCCAUCUGCCUGAAUGACGAUCUGAAGGAUCUGUCCGAAGAUACGGUACUGACCGCGGAAGGUUACGGAAUCAUCGAUCUGGAUCGUAACCUCCGGUCGAACCAGCUAAUGAAGGUAAACCUUACGACGGUAACUUGGCAAAAGUGUAACCAAAGCUUCGCGGACAGCAAUCUGCUGAAAAAUAAUCGGAAACUACCCCAGGGUAUUGUCGCGACACAGUACUGCGCUACCGGACGAGAAAACGAAGAAACGAAGGUGGUAGGUGACACGUGCCAGGGUGAUUCGGGUGGACCGCUUCAAAUACUGGACGAUGGCAAGUACAAGCUUGUCGGCGUUACCUCGUUCGGAAACGGCUGUGGCAGCAAUACGCCUAGUGUGUCCACCCGUGUCGCUGCCUACAUCGAAUGGAUUGAGAGUAUCGUGUGGGCGUAAUAGGAUUGUAGGUGCGUUUUGG